AUGGACUCAUCGGCAGUGGCUCUUGCCCCGACGGCCGACGACGCAUCCCCUCACCAAACUCCCCCGCUCAUCAUACAAAUCGAGAUUCUCGCACGGCGGAGGAUAAAUAGUCCCCACCACUCGUCCCCGCACAAAGGCACACUGGAACACAUUCUUCUUCUUACUCGUUAUCCCAACCGACAUGUCCCGAAAAGUGACAUUGGCGACGGGAAUCUCCUCACUCCCCUGGAUUCGAACGGGCACACGGACAUUUUCGCCGUGCACCGUCUCUCCGUCUUCACCACAAUCCCGACCCGCACACCGUCUAACGUGAGGUUGCGGUACGUGAUAUCCGAGACGUAUCCGCCUCUGCCGGGGGCCGUCUUGAUCCGGACAGCUCGCCUCGACCCCCACACAGGGGCGUCCGUAGGCAAUGCCGUAUUGGUCCCACCCGCUCUUGAUUGCGACACAAUCGUCCCCAACGCUUAUGUAGCAGUCCUCAAUCACCAUGUCCUCGCAUGA